UGUCACCUACUCCUUUUAAGUUCCCGAUCUCCCUAUACUUCUCAAAGAGAGCAAAAGCUUCCAUCUUAUACUCGCUCUGUUCUGCUCUGUGCCAAUGGAGAGGCACAGAUGCAAGCUCUGCUCCAGGACUUUUGCUAAUGGCAGAGCUUUGGGUGGUCACAUGAAGGCUCAUUUGGCCACCCUGCCUCUUCCUCCAAAGCCGCAGCAACUCGCUGACCGUACCGAGUCUGCUUCCUCUUCAUCUUCUUCUUCAGGUGAGGAAGAAAGCAACGGAGAAGCAGAGGAAAAGGCUUUGGUUUAUGGGUUGAGAGAGAACCCCAAGAAAAGUUUCAGACUUGCAGAUCCCGAGUUCUCUUUCGCAGUUGAUGCUGGGUCUGUGGUCCAGGACAGAGAGAGCGAGACCGAGUCAAAGAACCCAACUCGCCGGCGAUCCAAGCGGAAUCGGAAACCCGGUGUGGCAGAGAUUCAGAGUCCGAACUUGCCCAAGUUGAGAAAACCCAGUUUGUCGGACUCGCCGGAAGCGAUGAGUUCGGUGUCUGAUACUUCUCCGGAAGAAGAUGUUGCGAUGUGCCUCAUGAUGCUUUCAAGGGAUAGCAGGAUGAGAAACAACGGGGAACAAGAUCAAGAACAAGGCAAAGAAGUAGAACGAUCGGUUAAGAUUAAGGAACCGGAAGAGCAGGGGGAGAUCAAAAUUCGGAGGGUUCGAGGGAAGCAUCGGUGCGAGAAAUGCAGGAAGACUUUUCGAUCUUAUCAAGCUUUGGGAAGUCACAAAACGAUUUGCUAUAGAGACGAAGCAGGGCAUGAGGGUAAUGAGAGAAUCUUUGAAUGCCCAUUUUGUGACAAAGUGUUUGGGUCUGGACAAGCACUUGGCGGCCACAAGAGAUCUCAUCUCUUGGGUUCUUCAGCAACUGCUGCUGCUGCUGCCGCAAGUUCUUUGAAAUUUGAGAUCAGUGUGAUAGAUCUCAACUUGCCUGCUCCAGCAGAGGAAGAUGAUUUUAGCGUUGUCUCUGAUGCAUAGUUGUUUGAUCUCUUAAAAGAUCCAGGUUUCUGUCAUGUUCAUGAUGUUUUUGUUGGAUUGGGUAAAAUUUGUUCCAUAUAGCUCGCUAGUUACAACAUUUGUUUACUGUUUUUUAGUACAUGAAUGCCUUUUGAAGUUUCUGGUGAUUCAUUCAUGGCUGACUGACUAUUAUUUAUGUUAUUCAUGGCUACAAAUUCAUGAGUUCUGUGGAUGGAUAUUUUUUUUUGUCAUAGCAAA